GCCGUUCCCGCUUGGAGCUGGCUUCCAGCUUUACUCGAGCCAAAUUUCCCAGCCUGCUCUUGCGUGUCAAAAAGAAAGGCUUUGGGGUCGUCACUCCGGUUGCCAAAAUCCGCAGAUUUCUUACAGAAAAUACACUUGCGGCAGAGUGCGAGUACAGAUUUCUAGAAGACUUGGUAAUCGUGCAGCAAUGUUCUAGCAGACGCAAGUGCAACUAUGACCUGGCAACAGGUAGAGAACCGCCAGGAUCAGACGACUUGACGCCAACAUCUUCAAGCAAAGCCAGG